GGGGCGCCCCGGCCCCGCUGCCCUGGGGCUAUGGCCAUGGUGACCGGCGGCUGGGGCGGCCCCGGCAGCGGCGGCGGCGACACGAACGGCGUGGAGAAGGCUGGCGGCUACCCGCGCGCGGCCGAGGAAGACUCGGCCUCACCUCCCGGCGCCGCCAGCGACGCUGAGCCGGGCGACGAGGAGCGGCCAGGGCUGCAGGUGGACUGCGUGGUGUGCGGGGACAAGUCGAGCGGCAAGCACUACGGCGUCUUCACCUGCGAGGGCUGCAAGAGCUUCUUCAAGCGGAGCAUCCGCCGCAACCUCAGCUACACCUGCCGGUCCAACCGUGACUGCCAGAUUGACCAGCAUCACCGGAACCAGUGCCAGUACUGUCGCCUGAAGAAGUGCUUCCGGGUGGGCAUGAGGAAGGAGGGUUGGCAGUUCUUCCCGGCAUCUAGCAUCUCUCCUGCUCUGAAGUUGGUUUCUUCUCUGCUGGCCUCCGUGAAAGAAAGGCUGCUCAGACUUUCUGCGCUGCCCCUGCACACGGCGCCGCUGCUGGCCGCUGCCGGCCUGCACGCCGCGCCCAUGGCCGCCGAGCGCGCCGUGGCCUUCAUGGACCAGGUGCGCGCCUUCCAAGAGCAGGUGGACAAGCUGGGCCGCCUUCAGGUCGACUCGGCCGAGUACGGCUGCCUCAAGGCCAUCGCGCUCUUCACGCCUGAUGCCUGUGGCCUCUCGGACCCAGCACACGUGGAAAGCCUGCAGGAGAAGGCGCAGGUGGCCCUCACCGAGUACGUGCGGGCCCAGUACCCGUCCCAGCCGCAGCGCUUCGGGCGCCUGCUGCUGCGGCUCCCCGCCCUGCGCGCCGUCCCCGCCUCCCUCAUCUCCCAGCUGUUCUUCAUGCGCCUGGUGGGCAAGACGCCCAUCGAGACACUGAUCCGAGACAUGCUGCUGUCAGGAAGUACCUUCAACUGGCCUUACGGCUCAGGCCAGUGACUUCACGGGGCCCGGUGAGCUGUGGCUGGGUCUGCAGACCUCAAGGGACACAAUGCUUCGGCCUCAGGUGGGGAGCCCCCCCCCCACCCAGCAGAGGACCCUGGCUUCUCUCCUCAGACUCCUUAUUUUUUAAAGACUGUGAAAUGUUUGUCUUCUGUUUUUUAAAAUGAUCCUGAAACCAAAAAGAGAGUGCUGGCCCAGGCUCCAGCCCCAGGUUCCCCAGAACUCCCGACCAAAACAGGAGGGGCGGGACUGAGGGGUCCGUUCCCGGGGCAGCCUGUAGCUCAGCGUCCCAAGCAUGAACUUUUGGGAUGGUGGGGUUGGCUUCCCUGGUGUGACGGACAGAGGCCUGGUGGCUGGACUGGCGGGGUGGCCAUAGCCAGGCAGCGGUAGGAUGCACCAGGCAGAUCCGCUGGACCUGUAAUCCACGUUGGACACUACAUGAUGAAAGAAUGGCCAAGAAUAAAGCUAUUUCCUACCUGC